AUGGCUUCAUCCCAGCCAACGGCACCGGACGUGCCGUCCAAGAACGAAAAUGAAAACAGCCUAGGAUCUGAAAUCGUCGACUUCUUACCCAUCCCCGCCGUCAACCCUACCACCUCUGUCGAAGGCCCUCACAAGCCCGAGCCCAGUGACAAACUGGGAAACCAACAAACUCUCUCGCACGCCUUGGCUACCGAGGGCACCACCGAACACCCUCAAGGCAUCGCCCAACUCGACCACGACGAAGAGGUUCGCGACCUAGGAUGGAACGAGCCCAAGCAAGAGAUUCCAGCCCCUCUGGUAGGUGGUAUGGACAACGACGAGCUCUGGAUGCUCGUGCGCCGGUUCAACAAGCAAAUCUUCCACACCAAAGCCACCCCCUACCCCCCGCCCGGCGGUCUCGAUCUCAACAUUGCGGAACAGGAAGAGUUCUCGCCGGACAAGAUGCGCGGCAACUUUGAGCGCCUCUAUAUGACGGUUGGCGUAGGGAUGCUAGCGGCAGUUAAGCACAUUGCUCGUCUCCGUUCCUGGAAGGAAACCCGGCGCACAGCAGCGUUUUGCAGUGCUUAUUUCCUUGCGUGGCUGUUUGACUUCCUCACACCGUUGCUGAUUAGUGUUCUCGUGGCGCUGAUCGCGGUGCCGUGGACGAGAGAGUAUCUCUUCCCCCCUGCGCCAGUGUCGCUUGUCGACAGCAAAACAGGCGGGAUACAGAAACCCAAGGCUGGUGUGCUAGGUAGCCACGACAGCGCUACGGGCGCGCCAGAGAACCACAAGGGUGAGGCGGUCGAGCAGGAAGCCAGCAAUUUUGUGAGCGGGAUCGCGACGGUGGCGGUGAGCGGCGCUGUCGGGCAACAUGCUCAGGGGGAUCAGGAGUCGGCAGAGCAGUCCACGACCGAGAUGCACAAAGCUAUUGGGUCGAAGCCGGGGACCAAGAGGGACAAGACGGAGGUGCCGAUGCAGACAGCUAUGUGGUCGAAGCUUCAGCCCAUUAUGCAUGCGCUGGGGGAUUUUGUGGAUACCUGGGAGAGGUUUGCAAACGCGUUGUCUCCUACGCCGCCGUUUCCCACCGAUGUUCACCGUCUGAGAUUUGUCGCGCUCAUCCUGCCUCUUCUCGCCUUGUCGUUCGUCGUCACUUCGUACAUGUUUGUCAAAGGUGUCACCUUUGGCAUUGGGUUCGGGUUCUUCGGUGACCCUAUUAUCUCUCGUGGUCUGGACUGGCUCAACAGAACUAUCCCCGACUGGAAGAAGUUGCUGGAGUUGCGAAAUACUCUCCUCAAAGGCGUUCCCACCAAUGCUCAGCUCACCAUCACUCUCCUCCGUAUUGGGGAGGCGAACCAUGCACCCCUCCCACCACCACCCCGUAUCAACGAAGUACCUCCCAACAAACCUGCCCAGCUUACCUCCAAUGACCUUUCCGCUGUCGGUGCCGAUGCUCCCAUGAACGCAAGCGCGGGUGAACUCCAGGAAGCGAUCCACUACGAUCCCAGCAUCAAGCACGACAAGGGCGGCAACCAAGGCGGGCACAGUGUCAUGGUCAAGGGUCAGGACAAGGAGCAAAACAAGAAGAGCAACAAGUUCCUCAACUUUUUCAGGGGCACUGCAAAGACUGCUGUCAAGACUGCCGUGGGCGCUGAUACUAUCAGGGGCAAGAUGGGCAUCAGCCAUCACGCCAAGGACAGACUAGGAGUUGUCCCCCCCGCCGAAAAGGUGCCCAUCAGUGGACCGGUAGAGUUCGAGGCGAGAUACGACGGCAAGAAGGGCAAUGUUUAUUUGUCGACGGCAGCAACAAUUCCGGUCGUGGCGUUUGGAACGAAGAAGACAAAGGAAAAGAUUGGGCCGGAUGGGGAGGAGAAGGAGGAUUUACAUGCCAUGUGGAGCGUGCCCGUGUCGGAGAUUGUCGAGUUGAAGAAGCUUGGCGGAUAUGGGUGGAAGGCGAAGUUGGUGGUGGGGUGGAGUUUGGAGAGGGAGGUGAGCGAUGGGGUGGAGCUGAGGACGAGUAGGGGGGAGGUGUACAAGAUUACGGCUAUUCCGCUGAGGGAUGAGUUGUUUAAUCGGUUGAUUGCUGUUGGGGGACAAAAGUGGGAGGCGUGGUGA